CAAAUAAGUUUAAAAAUGUCGGUCGAUCUUUUGUGUAAAUUGACCGAAAUCGAUCAUAACGAAUUGGAAGAUUACAAUUCCAACCCUCUGAUCAUCUGCCAGAAAAGCUUCCUACCUAAGAUAACCGGUCCAAUCUACUCCAAACUUUCGGUAGAAGACGAUAAGAACGAUAAGAAAAAGCCAACUUUCGACAUAAACGAAUGGUUUCCCUUCUGCAACAGCUACUACAAUUUUUCCGAGCAAGUGGAUGCUUUCGCAAGAACGAACCAUCUCCUGGGCUUGAGAUCGUCCUCAACCACCACAACCUCCUUCAAAAACGAGACCGAGAAUACCAAGAGGAAAUUUUUAUACUCGACCAGACAGUCCCAAAUCGAUUAUUUGGAAUCCAAACCGUUAUCUUUCCUCAUCCUCGGCAAGCCUUCCAUCGGCGAAGAAGAUCUUGGAAAACAAUUGGCGGAUUAUUGGCAAUGCGUCUACCUGGACCCUGAAACCCUGAUCAAGGAAGAGAUGGAGUCUGGUUCCAGGGCCGGUCAAUGCAUAGAGUUCAAUCUGAGGUGCGGAAGGGCCAUAGGAAUCGACGUCAUACUGAGGCUGAUCAAGAAACGAGUCAAGACUGAAUCUGUGCUUCACCGAGGUUUCGUCCUUUGCGGUCUACCAGUAAUCCCCAAUGAUCUCUACGAGGAGGAUCCGGUAUCCGCAGAAUCCGCCGUUUUCACCGUUCAAGAGAUAUUCGAGGAGAUAUUAGACAACGCGUACGAAGCCACCGUUGUACCUGUCCCAAAUUUGAUGCCGUCUACGCCGAGAUUGAGAAGCAUAGAAGACACGAGUAGUUACAGAGCUUCCAGGGUUGAAUUCGGGGAAUUCCAGUACACCGAUAUCCCCGCAUCUGAUUCAAAAUCUAUAAAGAGUUUGGAAGGAAAAGAAUCUGGUAAAAUUCCUUCCGUUCGCGAUUUGGUCGACAACGUGGUUCCACCAGACCUCGGAGAUCUGCAAACUGAGGUCUGCGAUCCUCCGGAAAUCAGUACGAACUAUAAAGAACAGCUUAACUUCAUCAUGGACCUAUUCGAAGGUCCCUUCAUGAUCAUAUACAUGAUCUGCGAGAGCGAGGACGUGAUACGUAAACGAAGAGACUACAGGUAUGACAUAUACUCCCAGACUGUCAUAGAUUUGCUCAAGGAAAAAACCGACAAGAACCUCCUCUCUCUAUUCUCCCACCAGACUAGAUUAGGUCUGGGAGUAUUGAACCCCAUAGACGAGAUAUUCGAGAACGUAUCCAGAUUCCUAAAAGAUAGCUCAGAACUGGUCCAUCUGGUAAAACUACCCAGGGACUUCCCAGCACACGUGCAGACUCAGCUGCAGCGUUUUCACGACGUGGCCGCCAGUCUAAUCGAAGCUGUGAUCUUGGAACACGACCCGGAGUAUUACUUGAAGGUGGACGGUAGGACUUGCACCAAUCGGAUAUUCAACUCGGUCAAGUGGAAGCUGAGAACCUCCAACGUCCAGAGGGUCCUGUUGCCCGAAAAGAUCAUAUCUACGGAUACCAUGGGGACGGAGGGUGAAGAUUCCGAGUUCCCCAAGAAACUGAACAUGGAGAACAUGGAGAAAUGCUUCAAGGACUUCAGCCGCAGGAAAAUAGUCAAUACGAUGUUCAAGUGGGAAUACAGCGAUUGGGGGCCACGUUGUCCUGUCGCCAUGACCGAGGGAAAGUACGUAGAUGGCGAUCCAGCGUAUGCCGUCCAAUUCAUGAACCACAUCUUCUUCUUAUCGAGUCAGGAGGCGUUCAUCAAGUUCUACAGGAACCCCAGACCGUUCUUACUACCGCCCAAUCCGAGGUCUCACGGAAAACUCUACGUUAUAGGUCCGGGAUGUUCGGGCAAAACGGCCGUAUCCAAUUGCCUCGGGUACUACCUCAAUUCGACAGUUUUAUCGCCGACCGAACUGUACAAAAACUUCGUCAAUCAAAAACGGGAGAACCUCUUGGAAAGGAUGAGACAAGCGAUGAUAACCGACAAGCUGACCAUGAUCAACACGGACCUCAUCCGUAAUCACCAGCUGGAAAAGCUAAUCCUCGAGGAGAAGGUCAACAUAUGGCUAUCGAAAUUCCGCCACUACAUCGACAACGAAGUGCUCAAAGCCAAGAGAUCCAAGUCGGACGUGCACCUCCAACUCUCGUCGUUUCCCGUCCUGAUGGGCUUCAAGGUCAACCGGGAAGACAUCGAGAAAGAGGUCCCGUUCGAGGGGAUCUUCCUGAACGAAUCCACCGCCAGGGACCUGGUGGAUCAUCCCGACAGGAUGCUGAUGUACCUGCCGGAAGAGCUGAGGAGGACCGUGAAAGAUUACGUCCCCGUGACCGUCCUCGAGGAGUCCAUACUCGAGGAGAUCGAGGAUUACGUGCAGAAAUCGGACAUGGACGAAAUAAUCCUGGGCGAAGAGGACUUUCUGGAGAUGUACGGCACCGCCAUCAGGCAGGAAGAGGCCAAAUACAUGGAACGCGAGAAUUGCAGGGGUGGAUGGAUAAUCGACGGUUUCAGCUACGAUUUUAACUUCUUCCAGAGGGUUUACGACGAGUGUCCACCGGACCAUGUAAUAAUUCUGGAAGAUUCUUCUAAUGGCGACUUUCUCCUGGAUCGUUUCAGAACCAGGGGAGCUAAUCUGUUCCACGAUUAUCGCGGCUUCUUCCGCAGCAUCGACAGACCCGACUUAGCCGAGAGAGUCGUCGACGAAGAUCACGAAACUACCAGAGAUAGGAUAAUCGAGGAUAUUUUAGGUGACGUUUUCACCCAGAAAGAGUUCCUGAUCAAACCGGAAGAUCCUGAAGACGUCACCGAGGAAGUUCUGUUGGAGAGGAGAGAAUCCCAGAUCAACUAUAAGAACGAACUGGAGGAAUUCGACGUUUCCAAAGAACAAAUACUCGGUUUCCUGGUGAAGAUGAAAAAAGACGCGAUUGUCUUGGAUGUCAAAGAUAAGACGCUGGUGGAUCUCAUGAGAGAAGUCCUGUCUUCCUUCGAAGACCGGUAUCGUCUACCCGCCGAGGUCUUUAGCGACCACGACCGUUUGCAGGAAGCCACAGAUUUCGGGUAUAACGCGGACGCUGAAGGCGCUGGCGAGGGUGUUGAUCUGAAGGGGCAAGAAGAGUUCGAGGCGAAUAGAAGAUACGGAGAUACAUUCAAAUAUUGUCCCGUAACAUUCCACGAGAAAGGUGUGCUGUGGGAGGGAAAGAAAGACCACGCUGCGAAAUUCCAAGGGAAACUUUAUUUAUGUUCGUCCAAGGAAGACCUGGACGCUUUCAUCAAGAAACCAAGAAAGUACCUGCCCAUCGACAAACCUUUCGGAUCGUUUCCUCCUCCCAGAAUAUGCGUGAUAGGACAUUCAAAAAGCGGUAGAACAUCGACGAGCAAAACGAUAUCGAAGAAUUUCGCCUGUUGUUACAUGGAUUUCAUGGAAUUCCUGAGGGCCAAAGGAGCCGAAAAAGAAAACAGCGAGAAUUACCAGAACAUACAAGAAUACUUACAUACCGACACGCCGUUACAGGAGGAAUUACUCAAGGAAUUUCUGUAUCCCCUGUGGUUCGAGGAACCUUACAGAACUAUGGGAUUCGUCAUCGACGAUUUUCCCAAGAGACCAUCUGAUAUAACGGCCAUAACCAAUCAUAAAACCAUACCGGACGUGGUUAUAAGUAUGAAAGUUCCCAAGAAGGAACUCUACGAAAGAACCCUCGGAAAAGAACUGGACGAUUGGCAGAACAGGAUGCAAGAGGUGCGUUCCAAACGGCACAUAGAACACCUGGAACUGCACACCAAGUGGGAACAGAGCAGAAAAGAGCGGUUCGAACAACUCAUGGAGGCCAAGAAACAGCAGAGGUACGCGGAGAGGAAGCAACGCGUUGUCAACGAGGGCGAAAACGUCCAAAAGGCCACACCGGAAAGGCCGUAUAUGGAAGAUUUGCAGGAGACGGACGAAGAGCUAUCCUCCUUCCGUUCCAAGUCUCAGGUCACCUACGAUUCGGUCGCGGAACAGGCCGACGUGGAGGAGGUAAACAAGCAGUUGUCAGCUGAACUCCCGGAACCUCUUUUCGACAUCGAUAUCGAGAACAUAGCGGAUGUAUCGGAAAAGAUCAAGGUGGAAUUCGAGGAUAGGUACUCCAGGGAGAUCGAUUUCCUGAAACUCAUCAAGGAGAUGCUACUGACGGCGCCGAUACCUUACCAAGAAUUGAAUUCGGAGAAGAAAUUGGAGAUGACCCAGUACGCCGCCCUUCUCGCCGUCGACGGCUAUAAGUUCAGGAAUAGGUCGUUCUUCGAACGCACCUACGAGGUUUCCAUAGAGGUGGCCGAGAGACUGUUGGCCAGCGGGUACUAUUUUCUCAGCAUGUUCGGUAGGACUUGCCCCAUCCAAUACCACAAGCAGGACGUCAAGGUCCAGCUGUUUAUUCCCAUGGAGCAACAGUUCAACGUGUUCCCGAUGAUACAUAGGCAAUAUAUUUACUUCUUGGUGGGCAAAGAGGGUAAAGAACAAUUCCGUAAAGAUCCCCUGAGGUACGUCGAUAUAGAUAACUUCAAUUUUCCCCUUCUACCGAUCAGAAUCGCUCUGAUUGGGCCGCCAAAGUGCGGCAAGACGGCCUUGGCCGAUCGUUUUCGGAUAGAACUCGGAUUGAAGGUCGUGUCCAAAGGUCAGGCGGCCAGAUACGUCAUGAAUUACCUUCCGUAUUCGGCUCUGGGACUCUCCAUGGAAUCCAGGCUGAGAAUGGGGCUGGAGCUGAAGGAAAAAACGGUGCUGAGUUGUUUCGAGGCCGUCACGUACGAUCCACGUGCAGUCACCCAGGGAUUCGUGAUGGACGGCUUCCCCAACAGCGCGAAAGAAGUCAAAUACUUGACGUCCAUGGGUUUGAUGCCGCAAUUGGUGAUAGAUCUGUACACGGAAGAUCCGGGAGUUUACGAUUACGUCUCGACCGAAGCCUCCAAGAUAUUCUCUCCUCCCUACAGCAAGCACUUCAUGGAGUACCGCUAUAAGAUUUGGGAAAACGACCAGGAGGGUUACAGGACCUGGUUAGACGGUGAAUACCAGAACAUGGUUAGGGUGCCGAUCAACACCUGCAUGUGGGACAUAUGGGAGAAGGCGUACGAUUUCUUGAAAGCGGCGGUUUACGAGAUCAGGCACUACUUCAUCCAUUGCAAAGACGGUUGGCCUCUGCGUCUGGCCAACAUGUUGGUAUCGCCGUUGGAGUUCAUGGAACGCGAGAGUAUAUACAAGACGUACUGUCCGUGUUGUCUGUACCAUUCGAACAGUUUGGUUUCCGGCGGUUUUCCACCGGAUCGUACCGGUUUGGUGCACUUCCGCAAGUACUUUUACUACGUUUGUGCCGAUCACAUUGAGGAGUUCCUGGAGACGCCCUGUCAAUUUUUACCGCCUUACAACCCCAACAAGCUACCGGUCGAUCUCCCGCAGAAAGUAAAACUUGAUGACGAGCCUGAUAACGUAUAUCAGAAUGGUUUUUGCGUGGUCUGUGGCAGGGAUGAGAUGAAGAGCGUCAAGGGUACCUUGGAGUACGCCACCAAGUUCGGGAAUUACGUAUACAUGUGCGAUACCGAGGAAUGCGAUAAGAAGUUUAGACAAUCCCCGAUGACCUACUUCAACGUCACGAUAACGCUCAAAGACGUCAAGUAUCCAGCCCUCAACUACAAGGACCUACCGCCGCUUGGUUGUUUGGAGCAGUUCGUGGCUAAAGACGUCAUAAACGCCAUAAAGGCCACGGCGGCCAUGCGACCCGUUCUUCCCGGAUUGACCAUCCAGCAGUCCGCCCUGUUGACCAUGGCCAUGCAUCUGAAGAUCGACAACGGGCGUCUGUCGGCGGAAGAGAGGGGAGUCCAGAAGGAGGCGCUGGAUCUCAUGAAGAAGAGGAGGAAGGACCUCUUGAAGUACCUGGAGAUGUUCAGGAAGUACAGGAACCCCUUCAUUUACUACGAGGAGCCGGUGCCGGCGUUGAAGAUCACGGAGUGGAUCAAAGAGCGGUUUGGGGAUACCGUGCCCGCUUGGUCUUAUACCGAGAUCCAUCCGGAUCAGGCGUUCAACUUGAUGGAAGGACCGGGGGAGGAUUCAAGUCGUGUUCCGGUGCCAGAUGCAAGAUAUGACUAUCUGUGCGAAUAUUUCAAACCUUUAAGCAAAGUCCCGGCUUUCCUGAACGUAGUCGACAUAGCCGGUCUGGUCAAGGGUGCUUCCGAAGGACAAGGUCUCGGAAACGCUUUCCUGUCCCACAUCAGCGCUUGCGACGCCAUUUUCCACCUGUGUCGAGCCUUCGAAGACGACGACGUGACCCACGUGGAGGGUGAGGUGAAUCCCGUCAGGGAUCUCGAGAUCAUCAACGAAGAAUUGAGACUGAAGGACGAGGAAACUCUGAACAAGGCUCUGGACAAACUCGGUAGGGUUGUAGAGAGAGGAGGAGACAAGAAGCUGAAACCGGAAUACGAUACGUUACAAAAGGUUAAGCAUGUGCUGGUGGAAGAGAAGAACCACAUCAGGUUUGCCGACUGGGAUUCUAAGGAUAUUGAGAUACUCAAUAAGUAUCUCUUUUUGACGUCGAAACCGGCACUUUACCUCAUCAAUCUUUCGGAGAAAGAUUACAUCAAGAAAAAGAACAAAUGGUUAAUAAAGAUAAAGGAAUGGGUUGACAAGCACGACCCGGGGGCGCUGAUCAUUCCGUUCUCUGGAGCCUUCGAGCACAAGCUGGUCGAGGAGUUCGAGGAUCCUGUGCUCAGGAAGAAGUUCUUGGAGGAUAAUAACGUCACCAGUGCUUUGGACAAGAUCGUCGUCAAUGGAUACAAAGCAUUGCAACUGGAAUACUUCUUCACUGCUGGUCAUGACGAGGUUAAGGCGUGGACAAUACAAAAAGGCACCAAGGCCCCACAGGCAGCAGGUCGCAUCCACACCGACUUCGAGAAAGGUUUCAUCAUGGCCGAAGUCAUGAAGUUCCAGGACUUCAAGGAAGAGGGCUCCGAGUCGGCCUGCAAGGCGGCAGGGAAAUACAGACAACAAGGGAGGAAUUACGUGGUGGAGGACGGGGAUAUAAUUUUCUUCAAGUUCAAUGCUGGCGCGGGUCUCAAAGACGCCAAGAAAAAAUGAUCAUAUUUAUUCGUAUAAGACUUUAUUUACUUCACUGCAUGUUUUGCUUGAUGAUUUGCGAUAACAACUUAAUUUAAGGAAUAAAUUAUGAUUGGUUUUUGAA